AUGGACAGGACGCAUGGUGCGUGGCCGACUUCUGAAACUGAAGCCUACUUGUGGACUUGUGGCGAUGGUGACGAGGCUGACAGGCCAACGGUAGAGCUUCGACAUGGCCCAUGGGCAAACGGACCGAGUUGGUCAGACCGUAUUGCCAAGGCUGGCGAGGGUAGACACGUUGCACCGACCAGACUCUCCGUCGAGUCGACCAAGGCCGUAGCCGAGCCGGGCGCUGGUCAGAACGAACGCGCUCGUGCGCCUGCGAAACCCGCACCGCGCGUCUAG